AGUGCAUUUCAUUUAGAGACGCGGAGAGACACGGAGAGUGAGAGAGGGAAGAAAGAAUCCAGACUGCACUGCCCUGCCGACUUGGGCUGCUAAUCUCUAACCCUUAAAAGGGGAGGCAUUUUGAAUCCUGGUUUCUUAAAUUCUCCCUUCGCUUGUGACUGAGGAGCCCUGGACUUUGGAGAAACUCUUUGGUCCUAAUUUCCACACUGAUUAGUCAACAGUGGAAAAUCUGAAGAGAUGCAAGUAGGAAAAAGAAACUAAACCAGUUGUCAUUGUGAAGGCUGCUCAUGUAGAUGCCUGUCACUCUUUGAAAUUCAGGAGACAGCAUGCACAGGAUCCUGCCAGGCCCUCGGAGGACACCCAGCUGCAUGGCUCUCUCCAGCUUUUUCAUGGUCUGAGGAGCAAUGCGAUAGGCAUGAUGGAGGUUGAGUCCUCCUACUCAGAUUUCAUUUCCUGUGACCGGACAGGCCGUCGAAACGCGGUCCCUGACAUCCAGGGGGAUUCCGAGGCUGUGAGCGUGAGGAAGCUGGCUGGAGACAUGGGCGAGCUGACACUUGAGGGAGCAGAAGGACAGACAGAAGUGGGCACCCCAGACAAGGAAGCUAGCAACCAGCCCGAGAGCAGCGAUGGGACCACCUCGUCUUGAGUCGGACUUUGCCCAUGGAGGAUGGAAAAGAGACCUACUGUCCUCACCGGGACAGGGAGCCCUGGCACUGGCCUGGCAGUCUCUUCUCUGAGCCCCUGUCCCAGGCAGGCCAGGCCAGAGUGAAAAGGCACCCCGAGAGGCCACCGUGGCCCCUGCCCUGGCAAGCCCUCCACCUGCACCCUCAGGCUGCACUGGCCCACCUCCUCCUCACUGUGCCCAGGUACACUUUCGAGGCCCUGUAGCUGUGGGGUGUUAUUUAUUCAGCAGGCACCUGAGUGAGCAGCCCCCUCAAGAACGCAUCUCCACAGGUGGCCUGGGCAACAGCCACAGCCCAGCUCUGCCCCCCUCUCCAAGCCCAACCUUCUGGGUCAAGAUCUUCACAUCCCUUUUUUAAAAAACACUUUUAAACUUUUUAAAAACUUUAAACCUUUUUUCAGCAGAGAGGGAGAGAGCUGGCUUUUUUGGGGGGGCGGGGGGCAGGGGAGGCAUUAUAAGCUAAACUGACCUUCUAUGCAGCUCUGCGUCCUCUCAUGGAACUCCACAGAUCCAUUUCUAGGGAAGGGGUUUUGUGCUCAAAACUGUCUGACCAACUCUUUGCCCUUUCUACCAAGAUAAGUGACACCUAGGACCCAGGAAAUAAAUGCUGAUGAUUUGUGUGA